UGCAUCAGCAGUGUUUUCGGUGCGCAUUUCGGUGCGCCGCGUGAUUUCCACGUAGUUGUAAAAUUAUUCAUUGACUACUGGUUAUUUUAUCUCGGAUGUUUUUGAGUUUGUUUAAAAACAUGAAGCUGCUCACGCACAAUAUGUUGACGUCUCACGUAAAGGGAGUCACCAAAGGAUACCCGCUGCUCAUUAAGGCCACUGAGGUGAAGGUGAAUGAGUUGGAGUUCAACCCUCAGUUUGUCAGUCGGAUGAUCCCCAAACUGGAUUGGAGCGCUCUGGUCCAGGCAGCAGAUCAGUUGGGCCAUCGACAAGACCUACCAGGUGAGCUGGUGCCAGACUAUGAGAAAAACGAAGACUUCCUGAAGAAAGUUCAUCGAGUUCUGUUAGAGGUGGAGGUGUUAGAGGGAUGUCUGCAGUGUCCUGAAUCAGGACGAGAGUUUCCCAUCUCCAGAGGAAUCCCCAACAUGCUGCUGAAUGAAGAUGAGGUGUAGACGGCAUUUCACUGCGGUUCUUAUACAAAAACGCCCCAAACUGUCAUCCAGACAAGAUCGUUUGUAUUCAAGAGAGGCUGGACUCUGAUUUAAGUUGUUGCCAUAAAUAAUAGACCAUGAUAUCUACUUUAUUGUUGUUAUAUUUGAAGGGGCUCAUGUUGCCAGUGGCUGGAAAUGAUUUGAAGAAUAACAAGUGGAAAUAUCCCCCAGGACUAACCCUCAGUGGUUUUAUCUGUAUUUAUUUUUGUAACUGAGCUUUUUUUCUUUCUCAAUAAAACUGU